GCACCUAUUGCCCCCACUUCUGUCAUAUCAGCAAUAUAAACAGUAUAACCUCCGAUAUUCUGAGAUGAUGGGAAAAUAUCAGUAGAAAUGUCGUCACAACAGCGACGACCACUCAUUAUUUUUCAUCUCGCAACGUAAAUCUCUUCGACACGUGCCGAAUAUCUGCAAUAUUUUCCCCGUAAUCAUGGAACUUGUGCGUAUUCUCGUCAGCCGCAACCUCAAACGAUCCUUCCUGAAGGCGCCUGAAAGGUUUUGUGUACAACACGCGCGAUACAUCAGAUUAGCAGAGGUUGGUAAAUUGGAAACACCAAAACUACAAGGAAAGUAUGAGACGGGUCAGUUGAUUUUGCACAGAGUCUUUGGUUAUCGUGGCGUAAUUCUCUUUCCAUGGUUAGCCAGAGUAUAUGACAGAGAUAUAUCCAACAAGAAGGAUGAUAAGGAUGACAACAAUUUCAACAAUGUCGGUAAAGAAGUAAAGGGUAGAACGCAUACAUUCUACCAAGUUCUGAUCGAUCAGCGAGAUUGCCCUUACAUACGUGCUCAAACGGAAGCGGUGACCUUCCUGGGCAAUCACGAAAGCAGUCGCAGCUUGUAUGCUAUCCCAGGCUUGGAUUAUGUCGCACACGAGGACGUGUUACCGUACAGCACGAACGAGAAAGCAGCGUUGCAACAUGAAUUGUUCGACAAGUUCCUGACUUACGACCCGGACAAAGAACCGUGCUUCGUAGCGCAAGAGACCCUUCGAGCAUGGCAGAAGAAAAACCAUCCGUGGCUCGAGCUGUCCGAUGUACAUAAGGAAACAACCGAGAAUGUUCGCAUUACCGUCAUACCGUUCUACAUGGGUUGUAGAGAAAGCCAGACGACUUCUGUUUACUGGUGGCGUUACUGUAUUCGACUGGAGAAUUUAGGUGAAUUGAGCGUGCAGCUGCGCGAGAGACACUGGAGAAUAUUUAGCCUGUCAGGCACUCUAGAAACUGUUAGAGGCAGAGGCGUGGUCGGCCAAGAACCAGUGUUGUCGAAAGCUCUACCCGCUUUUCAGUACAGCAGUCACGUGAGCUUACAAGCUCCUAGCGGUCACAUGUGGGGUACGUUUAGGAUGGAGAGAGAGGAUGGGUAUGCGUUUGAUUGUAGAAUACCACCGUUCUCUCUGGAAUCAAAAGCGGAAGAGUCCUCGCCCAACGUUGAGGUCUAACUGUUCGGAGACGAACGGGAUAACAAUUAAAUUACGACAGUUAAUUAAGGCUAGUUAACUAUAUAACUUUACUAGAUGAGUAUAUGAUUGUUUACUAGCGUAGACAAGACGAAGUUUGAAUAAGCUUGAUACUUGAAUAUUGAAGACGAAGACUUGUGAUAACUUGUGACCAACUGGUUUUCCAAUCUCAAUAAAAGUAUAAUGUACAUA